AUGUGGGAGCGAGCGCGGGAGGCGGAGGCGGAGGCGCGGUCGGGACCGAGCCGGGCAGCGUCUCGGGCGGCGCGGGAGGAAGAGGAGCGGGGAGCGCGGGGGGCGGCUCGCGAGCGUCUGCAGGAGCAGCGGCGCCUCAGCGAUGGAGGCCGAGCCGCGGCGGGGCUGCUGCACCGGCCCGCCGCCCACUCCGCGCCCGGGGCCGGCCCACCUCGCAGUAUCGCGCCUCUCUAUUGGCCCCCCGUGGCGUGA